GUUUCAGAGAGUGCUCCAGAAGUCUAAGACAAGCAACGUGGAGGGGAAAGGUGAUAAAAUUCUGGACUGGCCGUUUGUUUUAUUGUGAUAAGAAAGCUCUUCUGAAUUGUUAAAUCAGGAGAAAUGGCCAAACGCACCUUCUCCACAUUGGAGAAGUUCCUAAUUUUCCUCCUUGUGAUGAUGACAGCAAUUACAGUGGCCCUUCUCAGCCUUUUGUUUAUUACCAGUGGGACCAUUGAAAACCACCAAGAUUCAGGUAGCCAUGUUUCUCCAGCCACCCAAAGUCCUCUGGCUACUCAGGGCUCGACAGUUACCAAGAACACCACAGUCACCCAAGCUCCUCCAAUGACUUACACGUCGGAGCUUCCAUUAUUUCAGAACUUUAGUGGCUACCAUAUUGGUGUUGGGCGAGCUGACUGCACAGGACAAGUAGCAGACAUCAGUUUGAUGGGAUAUGGCAAAAGUGGGCAGAAUGCACAGGGUAUCCUCACGCGGUUGUUCAGUCGUGCUUUCAUCAUGGCGGAACCUGAUGGGUCAAAUAGAGUGGUGUUUGUCAGCGUCGACAUAGGCAUGGUAUCCCAACGACUCAGUCUGGAGGUUCUGAACAGACUGCAGAGUAAAUAUGGUUCCCUGUACAGAAGAGACAACGUUAUCCUGAGUGGCACUCACACACACUCGGGCCCAGGGGGCUAUUUCCAGUACACUGUGUUUGUAAUUGCCAGUGAAGGAUUUAGCAAUCGGACUUUUCAGUACAUGGUUUCCGGCAUUGUGAAGAGCAUUGACAUAGCACAUGCAAAUAUGAAACCAGGUAAAAUCUUUAUCAAUAAAGGAAAUUUGGAUGGUGUACAGAUCAACCGCAGCCCUUAUUCUUACCUUCACAAUCCGCAGUCAGAGAGAGCAAGGUAUUCUUCAAAUACAGACAAGGAAAUGGUAGUCUUGAAAAUGACAGAUUUGAAUGGAGAGGAACUGGGUCUUAUCAGUUGGUUUGCCAUCCACCCAGUCAGCAUGAACAAUAGCAACCAUCUUGUAAAUGGUGACAAUUUGGGUUAUGCAUCUUACCUUUUUGAGCAAGAGAAGAACAGAGGACACCUAGCUGGACAGGGACCAUAUGUAGCUGCUUUUGCUUCAUCAAACCUGGGAGAUGUUUCCCCCAAUAUUCUCGGCCCACAUUGCAUCAACACAGGGGAGUCCUGUGAUAACGCCAAUAGCUCUUGUCCCAUUGGAGGGCCUAGCAUGUGCAUUGCUCAAGGACCUGGAAGUGAUAUGUUUGAAAGCACACAAAUAAUAGGACAGACCUUGUAUCAGAGAGCAAAGGAACUGUAUGCCUCCGCCUCCCAGGAGGUAACUGGGCCGCUGACUUCGGCUCACCAGUGGGUGAAUAUGACAGAUGUCACCGUCUGGCUCAAUUCCACACACUCAGUAAAAACCUGUAAACCAGCGUUGGGUUACAGCUUUGCAGCCGGCACAAUUGAUGGAGUUGGAGGCCUCAAUUUUACACAGGGGACAAAAGAAGGGGAUCCAUUUUGGGACACCAUUCGGGAUCAGAUCAUGGGCAAACCAUCUGAAGAAAUCACAGAGUGUCAAAAACCAAAGCCAAUCCUUAUUCCUACUGGAGAGCUGUCAAAACCUCAUCCCUGGCACCCAGAUAUUGUUGAUGUUCAGAUUAUUACUCUUGGGUCCUUGGCCAUAACUGCCAUUCCUGGGGAGUUUACGACCAUGUCUGGACGAAGACUACGUGAGGCCGUUCAAGCAGAAUUUGCAUCUUAUGGGAUGCAGAAUAUGACUGUUGUUAUUUCGGGUCUAUGCAAUGUUUAUACACAUUACAUUACCACCUAUGAAGAAUACCAGGUUCAGCGGUACGAGGCAGCAUCUACUAUUUACGGACCACAUACUCUGUCUGCUUACAUCCAGCUCUUCAGAGGCCUUGCUAAGGCCAUUGCUACGGGCACAGUAGCCAACCUGAGCAGAGGUCCAGAGCCUCCAUAUUUCAAACAAUUGAUGUCCCCAUUAAUUUUUAAUAUUGUGGAUAAAGCCCCAACAGGAAAAACUUUUGGAGAUGUACUGCAGCCUGUGAAUCCUCAAUACAGUGUGGGAGAAGUUGUUGAAGUUAUAUUUGUAGGUGCUAACCCAAAGAAUUCAGCAGAAAACCAGACCCAUGACACCUUCCUCACUGUGGAGAAAUAUGAAAACACUUCAGCUGCAUGGCAGAUAGUGCAUAAUGAUGCCUCCUGGGAAACUCGAUUUUAUUGGCACAAGGGAUCAGUGGGUCAGAGCAAUGCAACGAUAGAAUGGCAUAUUCCAGCCACUGCCCAGCCUGGAAUCUACAGAAUAAGAUACUUUGGACACAAUCGGAAGCAGGAUUUGUUCAAGCCUGCAGUCAUACUUUCAUUUGAGGGCACCUCCUCCCCUUUUACAAUUGCAGCUACUUAGAAGUUGGCAAAUCAUUUAAAGAGCAGCUUUACUCUGU